AUGACUACUUUCAACUCAAGAAAGGGACGUACCUUAAGUUCAAAAGACAUAGCUGAUACAGCUUCAUGGUCUUGUGCUAUUCUUCUUGUAGCACUUAUACUUCUAUGCAUAUUUCGAGAGAGCUCUACGCUUCAUCAAAAUCAUGAGAGCAACCUCGUAUUAUACAAGCGACCCUAUUGCGAUGAAAUCUAUGUGGUUGGUGAAGGUGAGACACUUCACACAAUUAGUGAUAAGUGUGAUGACCCUUUUAUUGUUGAGAAUAAUCCUCAUAUACAUGAUCCUGAUGAUGUUUUUCCUGGCCUUGUUAUCCAGAUUACACCUUCCCCUCAUCAUAACUAG